AUGGGACCAUAUACCUACACAGAUAAAUUCAAGAAGCAAUUCCAAUCUUCAAAACUUAACGGUAUAUUAUUUGCAACCCCUCCCACCAAACUACGAUCAGGUGACACUUUCCUUCCCCGCCCACCACCUGUCCCCCCUCUCAUCGCCUCCAACGCAUACCUAGGUCCCCCCUCUCAUUGCCUCCAACGCAUCUUCAAGGAAGCAGGAAUCAAGGUAUAUCACUCCGCUCCGAAGAAACUCCAUGGCUCUCUCCAAUCGCACAAGGACAAGAAGGACCCCUCCACCCGUGCCGGAGUCUAUCGCAUUCCAUGCGAAUGUGGUAAGGUUUAUGUCGGGGAAACCGGGCGUAACCUUCCCACUAGACUUAAGGAACACCGAGCACACGGAAGGAGGGGAGACUUUGAUAAAUCCGCCAUCGUCAAGCAUUCCCACAUCACUGACCACCGAGUGAACUGGGAAGCAGCAGAAAUCAUCGCUCCAAUCCAGGUGUGGCACCCGAGACGGAUUAGAGAGGCCAUCGAGAUUCACAAGCAUGACACCGUACCCCAAGACAUCGGCUUCCACAUCAACGACAUCUGGCUCCCCCUCCUCCCGACCAAUGGAACUUCUAUAUCCACGGUCACCCCCUAG